AUAAUAGCCGGCGGCUGAAGGCGUGGUGAGUGAAGGCGAGUGUGUGCUGUGUGAGCUACAGUAGUACCGGAGGAUGAGCAUGGACAGCGGCUCCUCUCCUCCUCCUCCUCUUCCUCCUCCCUGUCAAAAGCAGCCGGGGAGAAAGCUGAAGACGUUCUGCCUCAUCAUUGGCACCUGGAGCUGGGAAUAAAGCGAGCAGCGUGUGAAGCCUGUAGUGCCUACCCGACCCACGUUGCCUCAAGCAGAGAUGAGACAGAUGACGGAGGGCAAACUUUGCCAAGUACAGCUGCUGGAUGACAGGAAGCUCGAGCUGCUGGUUCAGCCGAAGCUCCUGUCCUACGAACUCCUCGACUUGGUGUCCUCCCACUUCAACCUUAAAGAGAAGGAGUUCUUUGGACUCGCAUUUUUUGAUGACAAUGGUCAGCGUAAGUGGCUGCAGAUGGACCGCAGGGUUCUCGAUCAUGACUUUUCGAAGAAGUCCACGCCCAUUGCCCUCGUCUUCUUGGUCAGAUUCUAUGUGGAAAACAUAACGCAGCUGAAGGACAUCAUCACGGUGGAGUUAUUUUUCCUGAAUGCAAAAGCUGCUGUCUACAAUGGGAUUAUUGAAGUGGAAAGUGAAAACGUCUUCAAAUUAGCCGCCAAUGCUCUGCAGGAGGCGAAGGGCGAUUACACAAGUGAUGAAAACACUCGAACGGAACUGAAGAAACUUCCAACUCUUCCCACCAAAGUACUCAAGGAACACCCGUCACUUGCAUACUGUGAGGAUCGAGUCAUUGAAUAUUACAAACUGCUGAAAGGGGUUUCCCGUGGACAAGCCAUCGUGCAGUACUUGACGUUAGUGGAGUCGCUGCCCACGUACGGCGUGCACUAUUAUGAAGUGAAGGAUAAACAAGGGAUCCCGUGGUGGCUUGGAAUCAGCUAUAAGGGCAUUGGCCAGUAUGACCUGCAGGAUAAAUUAAAACCUCGAAAGCUAUACCAGUGGAAGCAGCUUGAAAACUUGUACUUCCGAGAGAAGAAAUUUGCCGUAGAAGUUAAUGAUCCACACAGGAGAGCAGUAACCAAGCGCACGUUUGGGCAGACAGGCCUGCUCAUCCACACGUGGUAUGCCAGCCACUCUCUGAUUAAAACCAUCUGGGUCAUGGCUAUCAGCCAGCAUCAGUUCUACCUGGAUAGAAAGCAGAGCAAAGGUAAAUUGGGAACAGCAAGGAGCUUGGAGGAAACUGCCAUGGAUCUCUCAGACCACGAAGGAGGAAAAAUAAACAGACUGGGAGACACAAGCCUGAAGAAUAACCUCAUAACAGCCAGCAAUGGGAGCCUGGUAUCUACAGGUUCUGCCGACUCUGAAAUGAGUGAGGAACAGAAGAAAGAGAAACUCGCUGAGCUGAGAAAAAAAGAGCAGGAGAUCCAGGAUAUCUUGGCCAAGAAAACGAAAGAAUUGAAAAAGAUCUGUCUGAGAGAGGCGGAGCUCACGGGCAAGUUGCCAAAGGAGUAUCCCCUCUCCUCAGGUGAAAGACCGCCACAGGUCAGACGGCGAGUUGGCACCGCUUUCAAACUGGACGACCUCUUCCCCUACAAUGAGGAUCCUUUCCUCAGGAACCUGGAGAGCAGAUUUGCUCUGCAGCAGAAGAUCGUGGAAGCAGCAAAGAAACUCGCAAAUGAGUCCGAAUUAUGCAAAACAGUCAAGAAGAAGAGGAGAAGAAACUGCCUGGAUGCCAUGCACAGACUCCAACAGAUUGAGGACGAGAUGAACCAGUACAGAAUCAAGAAGGGAAAGAAGCCCACGCAGCGGGCCUCAGUAAUCAUCGCAGAUGAACUUGUCCGUUCAGACUGUAGCUCACUGUCUAGUCUCCCACUGGAUGAUGAUGACUCAGACGGCGUCAGCCAGAGGCCACGGUCACGGUCGGUGCAAGGUUCUCCACAGCUCAGUCCAAUGCGAUCACUGGGGGCAGAAUAUGAUCUGGAGAGACAGGGAUCUCCGAGGGAAAGUUACACCAAGAACCACAGCAGAUUAGCUUUUGAAGGCCAGGAGGGUUCCCACCACUACCACAAUCCAAGAGAAGUCUCUUCCGCCCACAGUAGUCCCUAUAAAACCCUUCCCAGACCUCCUAGAGAUCCACGCAGCAUGCCUCCCACCCCGGCUAUGACCCGCAAUGCCUACAGCAGCAGCCAGCUCAGGUCAGAGGGGUCACCUCACUGCUUCAGGCAUCGCAGCGGAAGUCUUGAGUCACAGCCGCGGCUCAGAAAAGACACAGAGUCGGAGAAGCCCGUGUUCAUCCUGUCACAUGCCCACCGCAGCAACAGUACAGAGAUGUUGGAGGACUGCUCCUCUUACACCAGCCAGUCCAGUCUGGACUACGGCGGAGCAGCCAACUCCCACUACAGUACACUGGACUCCCGCACCUCAACCUUGCAUCGCCUCCACAGAAAGGUGGACGUGUAUGGAAAUACUGGGAGCAUGCCCAACCUGGUCCAGCACCAUUCUGGUUGCAGUUAUUCAUGUGACACCUCCGCACACUACACACCCAGUGCCUACUAUGUCACUGACUAUCCCUGCUCAGACAUGGAGCCUUUUACUAAUGGCGGCUACAUGUAUGAGAACGAAGUCGAAGGCCACUACAACGUCAACCCUUCCUACCAAGUUAAUGGCUAUCACGGACACGACAGAUUCAGACAUUACGGUAGUGACCGGGCAGACGGACUUUCCCAGAAUCCCUAUGCGACGGUGAGGCCGCCGCGAAACAGGGAAGGGCCCAGAAAUGAGCUCUUGGCCAAGAACAUGCAGAAGGCCCUGGUGGCGGAGCAUCUGAAAGGCUGGUACCACCGCAGCAGGGUCCCCAGGGAGGGAGGGAGAGGGAUGCUGGCCGGGUAUGACUUUGACAGCGGCUCUCAGCUCAGUCUGGGCUACCAGACCAUGCCAGCGGGCUUUAGCCACUCCAGUAGGACCACCUCCUUCUCCUCAGUGUCCUCUGCAGACAGCGCAGGAAACUGGCGCAACCAGCUGGUAGUUGGCCUGACGGAGUACGACGCACCCGUCACACCGCAGCACCCUGGAGCUCAUGCGUCCCCGUACAACAACCGCAGUCCCUCACACAGCAGAUUUUCUCCAGAGAACAAAGUGUCUGACACUGAGCCUAAAAAUUCUGAGUCAGUUGAGGUGGUUGGUGCUGAAGCCACUAGUACAGACGAACCUUCAGACAACCAUUCUAGCACUUAAGGAUUUCAUCUGGAUGGAAGCUACAUGAGCAUCCGCUGAAAAGGACCAAAUUUUGGCACAAAGGAAACCGGGUGGGGCCAGCAGCACAUGAAAGGGAUGAAGUUGAAAACACAGGGUGAACACAAACUUGGCAGCCAUAACUCCACCAUGGGAGAUGUUCUAUCCGUGGCAGUCUUUGUGUACGCCAGCUGUCCUCAUGUUAAAGUAACCUCGGAAACACAGUGAUAACACUCUUGAAUGACUUUCCCAUGUGCCUUGGAUCGGAUGAAUUGUACAGGUGGAUGAGAAUGUGUAGAAAAAAGAAAAAAAAAAAAGAUAAAUGCACUGGAUACAAAUGUGAUUGUGUAUUUAAGAUGAAAAAAAACGUGUUGUUACCAAAACCAAUUCCAUGGCUACUGUCGUCUACGAAACAGUGGGGUAUAGAAUUGAAACGAUUGUCACGACUUUUUCUCAGUGAAAUGUUAGAAAAAUAAUAUUCAUAAAUAUGCUGUAACAUCCAAAUUGAAAAGCAAGCUUGAAAUGUUCACAAAUGAUUUGAUCAUCAUUAGAGCCAACUGUGCACUCCAUGAAUUUCCAUUUCCGACGUUCUUUAAUCUUUGAAUCAGAAUGUAUUAUGUCAAUAUUGUUUAUAGAGCAUUUGUCCAUGUUGGUGCCGUAGUGUUUUCAAAUGCAUGGUGAGAACAUAGAUCUUUUGAUAAUGACUUCUUUUUUAUAUUAACUGAAGACCACUGCCGUAAAAAAAAAAAAACAUCUCCUUAUCUCCUUCUGUCUCCUUAUCUCUUUUUCCCUCAUAUUUGUGCAGUCAGUGCGUAGAGACAUGUUGUUAGAUGUUGUCAUAAAAUAUUUUCCACUAGGAACAAGGAUGUGAAUAAACACUUGUGUGACACAGA